AUUCGCAAUCUUUCUUUUCACUCUUAGUCGUAAGGAACAGAAUAGCUUAGAAGCUUCUUGUUUCUUUCUAAGUCCGCGAAAAACACUUUAAUGUGUUUAAGAUAUUGAAAGUUCACAGUCAUGCAAUUAACGAAAGGCAACCCUCUUCUUUUCCCCUUAUCUAGAUUUCUGUGUGCGCGUCAUCAUUCAUCAGCCAAAUUGUUUGUCGCAGGACUUUCCUGGGAUACCAAUGAAUCGAUUCUGAGAGAUGCCUUUGAAAAACAUGGGAAAAUCAUUGAAGUUAGAGUAAUAUGUGAUCAUGUGACUGCGAAAUCAAGAGGUUAUGGAUUUGUGCGGUUUGAUUCUGAAACUGCAGCUGAUACAGCUCGCAAAGAGAUGAAUGGCCAGAUACUGGAUGGCAGACGCAUUCGGGUUACUUAUGCACACAAAGGCUAGGGACUAAGUCCGUCAAACAAUUCAUGGUUGAAGCAUUAUUAUCUAAGUUUUGCAUUGUGUCUUUCUUUGUGAAUUUCUGAGUUAUUCUUGUUUUAAGAUUAGAUAGUUCUGUUGUCCCAUUAUUAUUUGAAAACACAUGUUAUAUUCUGAGGACUUUGACAUCAUGGCCAAGUUGCGGUUUGAUUUUUCUUUUUCUUUUUGCCGUAAAAUGUUACUGAUGGCCAAAUGAUAAGUAAUGUGCACUGACAGUAACCAUUUGAAACUUACGUUUAGUUU